AUGCGAGCCGUGGUAGCCUGGACAGACCAUGUGCCAGAGCACGAUGGAGUCAGGAGUGUGUGUUUCGACAUUGCCUUUCGACCUGAUGGGAGUCAGUUUAUUGCAGCAGUUGGCAGCAGAGUGCUUAUGUAUGAUGCUGCUGAUGGUGAUCUCCUUCACUCACUCAAAGGUCAUAAAGAUGAUGUCUACUGUGUGGCUUAUUCACGGGACGGAAAGCGCUUCGCCUCUGGCGGAGCUGACAAAACCAUCAUCAUAUGGACUCACAAGAUUGAUCACGAUUGCAUGAUUAAGGCAGAAGGCAUACUGAAGUACAGCCAUGGAGACUCAAUCCAAUGCUUGGCCUACAACCCCGUCACUCAGCAGGCGGGUUUCAUAUUUGCACCUGCUCUACAGCAUUCGAUGCCUCAACUGGCAGCACAUAAUUAUCUCAUUCUUGCGAGUGGAACCGCAACCGACUUCGGAAUAUGGUCUCCGGAACAGAAAUCUGUUUCGAAACACAAGGCUCCUUCCAAGGUUAUGAGUGUCCUGUGA